UGAUUGGAGAUGUGGUUCCCAUUUCCUGAAGAAGGUUUUGUGGUUAGAUUAGUGUUUUGCUUUGUCUGUCUACAACGCUUGGCUUUCAGAGCAAAAUGUCUGGAAGUGUAAAUCAGUCACAAUUACUAAUAACCAAUCAGCUGCUCAUAAUCUGUGCAUUAGGAUGAAGUUUGCUUAAUGUUAGGAUUGACGUUCCUAUAAUUCUGAUUGAAUUCCUUAUAUCUUCUUUACCUGAUGAAAUUUCUUGUCACAGCAAUACAGAAACCAAAACCCAAAUAAGUAUGGUUUUAUGCUGGCUAGGCUGGUAUUAUUGCUCCCUGUGUCAGUAUUUUCUUCUAGAAUGAGCUUGAUGUUACUUAGGCAUCAUUACUCUUGUCUGGAAGUGGAGUAAUUAUUCCCAGAUUACUGGAAUUUUGCUCUGGAGUAGUGUGUCUGCCUGGGAUUCAGUAAUAAAAAUGGACUAAUUUCUGUAUGUGGCUAUACCAGAACCAAGACGGUGCCAUGUGCCAGACCCUGAAAAGAGGUGGCUCAGUGUUCUCUCAGUGUUCUCAUUUCACAAAACUGGAAAGAAUGCUGGUGUUUUUGGAAAGACAUGGAAAAGAAAAAGGGUGCACAGUCCACAAAUGUAUGUAGUACAAACAGUGGUACAAAUGAGUUCAGGGCAGGUAAAGGAAUGUAGUCACAAGAACAUGAAUGCCACAGGUAGAUGAAGAUUAAAUUUGGUGGUUUUCUUUUUUUCUUUGAUAACAAAGGGACUUGCUGCUGAGGGAAGCUGAAGUUGAGUAAUUUUCUGAACAAAAGCAAGGAGUUAGAGAUUUAAGUGGAAUUUGAAGGCAAAGGCUAGGAAUUCAGUAAGGUAGAAAAGAUGGUCUGGUCAAGUUAAAGCAAUUGUAUGAGGUUGUUAGACUUGUGGUUUAGCUGUUUGGAGGAUCUGGAUGAAUAGGAAGGUGAGUGUUAAGGAGGAAAAGUUGGUUGGUUCUUCAGAGGUGAAGGAUUAAAUAAAAGUAAAACUUGAGCAUGUAAGACCGUGCUUGUGAUCCUGAAAUGAUAGAAGCCUUCAUGCGUAGGGGAUAUUAAUUGCAAAAAUAUUGGGAAGGGAGGAGGAUUUUUUUGCCAUUUCUGGAAAGCUUGAAGCUGAUCUUAUGCCCUGAUAGACAAAACUGGGGGUCUGAGCAGUUUGGAGAUAGGACCUGGCUGGGAGCUGCCAGGUUAUUCUGUUUCCAUGUCUUCGUUAGGCUGUUGAACUUCCCCAGAACGAUUCUGACUGGAGUGUUCCCAAUUGCUUGGCUUUACCCAGAAAAGUACCUUUUAAUCUCAGAACAGUUUCUAGGCAGCUUGGUCUUUCUGUGGAGAAUGCUGGGCCUAAUCUGCAGGUGUCCAGAAGUCAGAGCUACAAGAUAAAUCUGACUUGAAAAGUAAGAAGAAAUGUGUGUGUUUCUCUGUUGUGUCCCCCCAUCUCAACAGAGAACAUGAAAGAGUAGGUUUGUUUUUCCUCAUAUGGCUAGAGUCUUUCUGCCUGGGACAGGUGCACAUACAGGGGUUGAGGAGGAAUGAUAACAUUUCCAUGCAGUAAAAUAAAAUGUCAGUUCCUCAGAAGCAGCUGUUUACUUCUAAGUCCUGCUUGUCCUGCUUGCUUCUUCUACUGUCAGAAGAGAGUUCUCAUGGUGUGGUUCUUGUUUUGACAUAAUUCCCCAAGUGAGUGCUUCACUGGAUGGAGUAAAAAGGCUGACAGGGAGAAGCAAGACAGUGGAAGGGACAAGGAGUGCCUUGCUUUGGCUAAAAUCUAUGCCAUCUUCUUCAUGCUAUUCAUAGGAAACAUUUGAGGAGAUGUGUUCCCAAAGAAACGGCAAUGUAGGGAGUCACGCACAUGUGCUUUGGGAAAGCAUGAGCACAAAUAAACCACUGCUGGUUCACCCCCAGAAUUUACUUCCACUAAGAUACUGACACACAGAUACAGGGUGGGUGUUGUGAUUGAAGAGAUUCAGGAAAACCAUGUAGUAAGGGUAUAUUCAGAAUCUGUUAUUUCAAGUUUUUAAGACUCAUUCUCUUCCCAGAAGUUCUCUCAACCACCAUCAGAAAAGCAGAACCCAGAAGCAUUUCACCUCACUGCUUUGUGUCUCCCUAGCUGUGUAAUUCUAUUUGCCAUAUCCAGAUUUUUUCCUUGUUACUUUUGUCAUUGAAUGAUAAGUAAGCAAAGUAAUGCUUGAAUUUUUAAAUAAACUGGUUUUCUCUAUGACUUUUCUCAAGCAUUCUCAGAGCACUUUUCAAAGAAAUUCCAGUUCCCGGAAAAUCAUGAUUUCCUAGGGAACCAGGAGCUUGUCUUAUUUCCUCUUCUGAAGUAUUUACAGGCAUCAUGUUGACCCAGAGAAGGACUAGACUCAUGGUUUGUCUGGCAGCCAAUGUCAGUUGAUUUUGAUCUUGGAUAAAAGGCAGAGUUUUAUCCUUAAAGGAAAGAGGUACUAAAAGGUUUGUAGAGGGGGAAAAACAAAAAGGGGAGAGGGGGAAAGGAUAUGGCUGCAGAGUCCUGGCAGUUGUGGUAGAAACAUAGUUUAUAUGCUCAAUCUUAAGAUGGGUGCCCUAGAAUAUUGAGGAAGAGAGUAAUAAAAUGGCCAGGUUAGAACUUCUCUUCCUUGUGUAUCACAACUGACUCUAUCUCCCUUUUUGUUUAACUUUGCUUGAAAAGUUUAAAGAAUGAGAGAAGUUCUUGAUAAGGGCAACAGUAGUUCUCAGUAAAGGACAACUGUGUCUCCUCUGCUGGGCAGUUGUGAUCUUAAACAUACUUGGAGGAAUUGUGUAAGCAGGCCUUAAUUCAUUGUUAUGGGUAAAUGUUAAACUCCAGGAUAUGUAAUUAGAGGAAGUUUCAGACUAGGGAGACUAUCUAGCUCUUUUUGAAUGUAUGCAACAACUGUAAAAAGACACCUAUGGUCAAAUGUACAACCAGAAUGCAACUAAUUAGUAUCCCAGAUUAUGAGAAGCUGUGUCAAAGCUUGCUGUCACUUUACAUGGAUUUGAUAUGCUUUGGUAUCUGCAUAUCUUUUCCAUUUAAUCUUUUCCAUUUAAUCCUCAUAGAAACUUGCUUUGUGGUUUUGAUAAUAUGCAUACAUCGGUUUUUGUAUUAAGGAUUUCCUAAGUUAGAGGGCCCAAAACUGUUAUGUGAACUGUGUAAACAAAUUUCCAAACCCUUCUAUAUAUAUUUGAAGCUGUUUCAUGAAAUUUCUAGGUCUAUUCCAGUAUACUUGAAAAAUAUUCCUCAGUUGCAUUCUCAUGGUCCACAAUGACUUCCAGAUUUUUUUACAAUCAAAUACAUGGCCAUGGGGGAUAUGAAGACCCCAGAUUUUGAUGACCUUCUUGCAGCCUUUGACAUACCAGACAUGGUAGAUCCCAAAGCAGCUAUUGAAUCUGGACAUGAUGACCACGAAAGCCACAUAAAACAGAAUACUCACGCAGAUGAAGACUCCCACGUCCCAUCAUCGUCUGAUGUUGGGGUGAGCGUCAUCGUGAAAAAUGUGCGCACUAUUGAUUCUUCCGAAGGUCUGGAUAAGGAUGGCCACCAUUCCACAGGCAAUAGCUUGCACAAUGGCUUCCUAACAUCAGCAGCUCUUGAGAGUUACAGCAAAGAUGAAGGGAAAUCACUUAAAGAUGAUGGGUCAGCUUCUGAGACUACACUGAAGGAUUCGGCUUUCAACCAGUUCAGCCCAAUAUCAAGUGCAGAAGAAUUUGAUGAUGAUGAGAGAAUUGAGGUAGAUGACCCACCAGAUAAAGAGGAGAUGCGUGCAAAUUUCAGAGCAAAUGUCUUGGCAGGAUCUCUAUCUCAGCAGGAAUAUGACAAACUAAAGGCACUUGGAGGGGAGAACUUAAUUAAAUCUGGAAUCACUGUUUCAAGUAGCAUAGAUAAAAAUAAAACUGCUAAACGAGAGACAGAUACAAACUCCAUGAAUUUAGGUGUCUAUGAGCCUUUUAAAACUCGAAAAGCAGAGGACAAGUUACUAAAAGACAAUUCUGAGAAGCUUCUUGAGAACAGGAUACUUGAUGGAAAACUGAGUACUGAAAAAUGUGAUGCAAAUCUUGCCAGCAUUUCCCAGUCCAAAGCGAAGUCAUCAGCAAAGCUUUCAUCCUGCAUUGCUGCAAUCGCAGCACUGAGUGCUAAAAAGGCAGCUACAGAUAGCAGUAAAGAUUUACAGUCCAAUUCAGGAGAGCCUUCUCCAUUACCAAAAGACAUGAGUGAAAGUCCCCGGGCUAUUGAAAAAUCUCCUGAGUCUCAGAGUCUCAUUGAUGGUGCUAAGAAGCCGUCUGUCAAACCGCCCGAUAGUCCCAGAAGCGUCUCAAGUGAGAACAGUAGCAAAGGGUCUCCAUCUUCUCCCGCAGGGUCGACACCAGCAAUUCCCAAGGUUCGCAUAAAAACCAUCAAGACUUCUUCUGGGGAGAUCAAGAGAACUGUUACUAGAGUUUUGCCAGAAGUCGAUUUGGACCCUGGUAAAAAACCAGAACAGAGUGCUUCCAUGGUAACCUCCGUGACAUCUCUCCUGUCCUCACCAACUUCAGCUGCUGUUCUCUCCUCUCCUCCCAGAGCUCCUCUGCAGUCCUCAGUUGUCAGCAAUGCAGUUGGGUCUGCAGAACUUGCUCCCAAGCAGGUCACUAUCAAACCCGUGGCUACUGCCUUCCUGCCUGUUUCGGCGGUGAAAACAGCAGGUUCCCAAGUGAUCAAUCUGAAGCUGGCUAACAACACCACAGUGAAAGCCACUGUCAUCUCUGCUGCGUCCGUGCAGAGCGCCAGCAGUGCCAUUAUCAAAGCUGCCAACGCCAUCCAGCAGCAGACGGUUGUGGUGCCAGCAUCGAGCCUUGCCAGUGCCAAACUAGUGCCAAAGACAGUCCAUCUUGCCAACCUUAACCUUUUGCCUCAGGGUGCUCAAACCACCUCUGAACUGCGCCAAGUGCUAACAAAACCCCAGCAGCAAAUCAAGCAGGCAAUAAUUACUGCAGCUGCCUCCCAGCCUUCAAAAAAAGUGUCUCGAGUGCAGGUGGUGUCAUCUCUACAGAGCUCUGUAGUGGAAGCAUUCAAUAAGGUGCUGAGCAGUGUCAAUCCCGUACCAGUUUACAUCCCAAACCUUAGCCCCCCUGCCAAUGCCGGAAUCACGCUACCAACACGAGGUUACAAGUGUUUAGAGUGCGGCGACUCGUUUGCUCUCGAGAAGAGCCUGACCCAGCAUUAUGACAGGAGGAGUGUGCGAAUUGAAGUGACUUGUAAUCAUUGUACAAAGAAUUUAGUUUUCUACAAUAAAUGUAGUCUCCUGUCCCACGCUCGUGGGCACAAGGAGAAAGGCGUCGUGAUGCAGUGUUCCCACCUGAUCCUAAAACCAGUCCCAGCAGAUCAAAUGAUAGCAUCUCCUUCCAGCAAUACCGCUGCGGCCGUGCUCCAGAGCCCAGGGGGAGCUGGCACGCACUCCGUAACAAAAAUCCAGACUGGCUUAACUGGGACAGUGAUCUCGGCCCCUGCGAGCUCUCCUGUCGUUCCAGCAAUGCCGCUAGAUGAAGAUCCAUCGAAACUCUGUAGACAUAGUCUAAAGUGUUUGGAGUGCAAUGAAGUUUUCCAAGAUGAGACAUCUCUUGCAACUCAUUUCCAGCAGGCCGCAGACACAAGUGGACAAAAGACAUGCAAUAUCUGCCAGAUGCUGCUUCCUAACCAGUGCAGUUUUGCAUCACACCAGAGAAUUCAUCAGCAUAAAUCUCCAUACACGUGUCCUGAAUGUGGAGCAAUCUGCAGAUCUGUCCACUUCCAGACCCAUGUCACUAAGAACUGCCUGCAUUAUACCCGAAGAGUUGGGUUUCGCUGCGUGCACUGCAAUGUUGUGUACUCUGACGUGGCGGCACUCAAGUCUCAUAUUCAAGGUUGUCACUGUGAAGUCUUUUACAAGUGUCCUAUCUGUCCCAUGGCAUUUAAAUCUGCUCCCAGCACGCACUCCCAUGCCUACACACAACACCCGGGUAUCAAGAUAGGCGAACCAAAAAUAAUAUAUAAAUGCUCUAUGUGUGACACUGUGUUUACUCUACAACCUUUGCUCUAUCGCCACUUUGAUCAGCACAUUGAAAACCAGAAGGUGUCUGUUUUCAAGUGUCCAGACUGUUCUCUUCUAUAUGCACAGAAACAGCUUAUGAUGGAUCAUAUCAAGUCUAUGCAUGGAACUUUGAAAAGUGUUGAGGGGCCACCAAACCUGGGGAUAAAUCUGCCUCUCAGUACUAAACCAACAACUCAAAACUCAGCCAGUCACAACAAGGAGGACACAAAAUCUGUCAACGGAACAGAAAAGUUGGAGAAGAAGACUCCUUCUCCCAUAAAGAAAGCAGAACCUAAAAAAGUCGCUAGUCCUGGAUGGACAUGUUGGGAGUGUGACAGGCUCUUCACUCAGAGAGAUGUUUACAUCUCCCACAUGAGAAAAGAACAUGGAAAGCAAAUGAAGAAACAUCCUUGUCGGCAGUGUGACAAAUCUUUCAGUUCAUCCCACAGUUUAUGUCGGCACAAUCGUAUCAAGCACAAAGGCAUUAGGAAGGUUUAUACGUGCUCGCACUGCCCAGAUUCAAGACGUACUUUUACCAAGAGAUUGAUGUUGGAAAAACAUAUUCAGCUGAUGCACGGAAUUAAAGACCCUGAUGUGAAAGAAAUGACUGAAUCUACCAAUGUGGAAGAAAGGGAAGUAAAAGAAGACACAAAGGUUCCUAGUCCAAAGCGUAAAUUGGAAGAACCUGUGAUGGAGUUCAGGCCUCCACGAGGUGCGAUCACUCAGCCAUUAAAGAAGCUGAAGAUAAAUGUUUUUAAAGUUCAUAAGUGUGCAGUUUGUGGCUUUACAACAGAAAAUCUUCUCCAGUUUCAUGAACAUAUUCCUCAGCAUAAAUCCGAUGGCUCUUCAUACCAAUGCAGGGAAUGUGGACUUUGCUACACAUCUCACGUGUCCCUUUCCAGACACCUCUUCAUUGUACAUAAGCUGAAGGAGCCUCAGCCAGUAUCAAAACAGAAUGGGUCUGGGGAGGAUAAUCAGCAAGAAAACAAACCCAAUCAUGAGGAUGACUUGUCUGACAGUGCGGCAUCGGACAGAAGAUGCAAAGUGUGCGCAAAGACUUUUGAAACUGAAGCGGCCUUAAACACUCACAUGAGAACACAUGGCAUGGCCUUCAUCAAGUCCAAAAGAAUGAGUUCAGCUGACAAGUGAUCAGAUUGUUUGGGAUGCAGAAAUCUCGCUCCACAUUGGAAUACUAAUGACAUUUUUGCUACAGAAAGUUCAAGGUAUAAUAGUGUUAACAGUACUGUUCAGGCUGUUGCAAUAUAUUCUGCAUAAAAGUGUCCCCUUCACCUCAUUGUCUAUACCCUCAGAACCUUUGAAGCAGUAUUUGAGUUUAAAAGAGUUUGUAUAUAUUUAAACUAAUAAUUUUUAUACUCUUUUGUUAUGUGUUUGUAUCAGUAUCUAGUGGAAAAAGUGGGGUUUUUUCUGUUUUGUUUCUGUUCUUUUGUAGUAAAUUUCUUUAAAACAGAGUUCUUAAUGCUGGGGCAGUUCCUUAGGGUCUCCAAAACUAUUUGGUUUUUGAACGCUUCUGAAAGAAAGUUCAGCUAAUGGAAGUGCAUAGGAGGAGGUGCUAGGAGGGGAGAGGAGAGAGGAAGCAAGCUAAGGGGAGAUUUUAAAUUCUGAAGAACUUAGGCUUCCAAAUGUCUAAGGAAGCUUUUAAACUUCUACUUACAAAGUAUAUUAUAUAUAAAAAAAAAAAAAUAAAAGUACCACUGCAUGUGUCAAAUGAAAUGCUGGUUUUUAGGUGGCAACACCAGAACAUGUGCAGAACCCCUGGGGUGGUAAAGUACUUUUGAAGAGUAUAAAUGCACAACUCUGAGAAUCAUGAAGCGAUUUUUUUAGGUCAUAUGGUGCUUGUGAUCAAAGCUCAAAUUGUUGCAAAAGGGCUGGGCUGCUCUGAAUUUAAGAAAUAAGAUGUAAUUAGAGGAAUAUGUUUAUAAUGAUCAUUUUUUUUGUCAUGUAAUUUAUUAAACAUACAGAAGUGAGUGCACAGCAUUAUGUAUUUUCCUUGCUGGUUAUUGAAAGGAAAUAGAUGACUCUUGCUACAGGGUUUGGGAUUUGCCAGCUCCACAUGAUCAUGCCAAACAUUCUGGUGCUCAGUGUCACACACAGCCACAACUGGGAAGGAGCCAGCCCCAGCCAGGAGUGGGACUGGAGCUUGCAGCUUUAGCACAGGCCCUGCAGAGCUUGGCCAGACAUUGCAAACUCCUGUCCAGCUAGUUUUGCUUGCACAAGUACAAAAAGGUACCAUACUGUCCCUUUCACAUAGAGUUCUCUGUGAGAGUAUAUUUUCAGUUUGUUUCUUGCAUUUUAUACCUUGUAUGUAACCCUACAAGAAAAUUUUUGUACUUUUUUUUAAAACAAAUUGUGUAUAUAUAGAUAGCUGCAUGAUAAAUAGUAGUAAUUGUUUGGUUCCUUAAAAGUCUUGCUGCUGUCAGAUGUUACUAUACACUAUGUCCAUUACAACUGUAUUAAACACAUUUAAUAUGUAAAUAAAUGUGGAGCAUUUUGCCCCAAAAGAUUUGUGAGAUUCUGUUAUUUAUCAUUAAAUUUUGAUAGUUUUAAAAUUUGAAGUGUUUAAGAAAAAUAUGGAUCCUCUCAGACACCUCUGUAAAACUUAAUUGUUCUGGCAAUUGUGUAUCAGAUACAUUAGUUCUGCUCUCUCCAUCUUCAUUCCUAAUUUGGCUCCUGGGUAGAUGCUUGUUAGCCCAUUUAUAUUAGUGGCAUAUCAAGUGCUUGUGAAGUACUUCAUCCUACAGUGCGCAGCGGGCACAGCUCCCCGGUGUGCUGCCACUGCCACCACUGCCCUUGCCAUUUAGUGGAUACCUCUGAACACUUGUUUGUUGAUGUGCACUGUCAACUGUACAACAAAUGAGUUAUCACUAUGCAGAAUGGUGUUUUGUAUACAGUGAACAGAUAAUAAAAUUUCAAUUUUCACAGCCA